UCCCCGGCGACGCGGGCGGGGCGGGCGCCGCCAUGAUGGCGGCGGCGGCGGCUCCGCGGCGGGCCCGGCUGGGCCGGGAGGCGCGCGCCAGCCUGGGCGCGUUCCUGCUGGGCGCGUCGGUGGCGGCGCUGCCGCUGGCGCUGGGCUGCCCGCCCGCCCUGCUGGCCGCCCCGGGCCUGCGCGGCCGCCUGGCGCUGGCCCUGCACGUGGCGGCCGUCAACGCGGCGCUGCUGCUGCUGUACCCGCGGCCGCUCUACAAGAUCGCCGUCCGGGCCGGCUUCCUGGGCUUCGCGUUCGGCUGCGGGCUGCUGCUCAGCGCCGGCCGCUCCGCCUGGCGCCACUUCGGCUGGUACAUGUGCUCCCUCUCCCUUUUCCACUACUCGGAGUACCUGGUGACCGCCAUCAACAACCCGCGCAGCCUCUCGCUGGACUCCUUCCUGCUCAACCACAGCUUCGAGUACAACCUGGCCGCGCUCUCCUCCUGGGUGGAGUUCACGCUGGAGAAGCUCCUGUUCCCAGAGCUGAAGCAGAUCACCUGGCUGAGCACCGUGGGGCUGCUGAUGGUGAUCUUCGGGGACUGCCUGAGGAAGGCGGCCAUGCUCACGGCUGGCUCCAACUUCAACCACAUUGUUCAGAACGAGAAAUCGGAUACUCAUACUUUGGUGACGAGUGGGGUGUACGGGUGGUUCCGGCACCCGUCUUACGUGGGAUGGUUUUACUGGAGCAUUGGAACACAGGUGUUACUGUGCAACCCCGUCUGCGUGGUGGGCUACGCGCUGGCGUCCUGGCGCUUCUUCAGGGAGCGGAUCGAGGAGGAGGAGAUCACGCUCAUUCACUUCUUUGGAGAAGAGUACCUGGAGUACAAACGGAAGGUGCCAUCAGGUCUCCCUUUUAUUAAAGGAGUCAAAGUGGAACUGUAGUGCGGGAGAAGACCGGACUGGCUGAGCGAACGCGCGGCUCCAGGCGCCGCGGGGCUCCUGGAGCGGCUCCUCGGGAUUUCCCGGCUGCCCAGGAGGAGCUGGCGGAGGGCGGCAGAGCUGGGCGGCUGCCAGGUCACUAGCAGAUCAGAAGCUCCUUUAUCCUUCUUGAGAUAAGUCCUUUGUUGCACAUUCAGGGAUCUUCCAGAUAACUUUGCCUGUAGUGACCCUAAAGAGAACCGAACUCUCCUACCUGCAGAAGCUGAAUCAUACCGAAACGCCUCCGGACCGGUUCUCCGGAGAACAGGAAGGGCGCGGGUCAGCGGGUUGUUCCUGUGGCAUGAUUUGGUUUUAAAGCUUUUCCACCUUGCGAGCCAGUCUCGUGGCUUUAAUCUCUCCAGGCCCGACUCCGUGAGCUGGCGCGCGGCCCUCCAGCUCCACUGCUCAGGUUCUCCCGGGCAUUGCUGGCCACAGGGAGCCCUUUCCGCUCGCCUCGUGCUGCUGGACCGCGAGCGCCUCUGACACGCGGCAGGAGAGCGAGCCCGCUCCCUCCUCCCCCGGCUGCCAGCGCCGGAGGUGCCGGUCCAGCCGCUGCCUUCCCGAGCUGACCCCGCCACCCCUGUUCCCUCUUCCAAAUCACGCUGCUUCCUACCCCGCCAGUCCCCCUCCGUCCUGCAGAGAUCCCAGGGGCCUGGGCUGGGACCGAACCGCACCUGCCGGGCGCUUGAGAUCCUUGCCUGCAUUGUCGGGCAAAACCUGGGAUGUCGGCACAACUGGGAGAUGCUGCGGGGGGAAUUCCCCAAGUGGGACAAAAGUUUGGCUAGCUAAUGCUAUUUUAAACGUUACCAUUUUGGAAAUGGUUCCUACUCGAGCUUUGUGGUAUAACUUACUCUGUCGUUAUAUACCAAAGAGGUGCACUGUUUUCUUGAGUUUUACGUUAUUCUUCCUCACUGGAACGGAGACGAAUGGCUCGUCAGCUUGGGGACCGCGCUGUUCCCCGGGGACAGGGCUGCGCUACGGCUCAGGAAGGGGGCACUGAGGGAAAUUGCUUUGGGUUAGUUUUUUCUUUUAUAAAAAACAAGAAAAGAUAUUGCCAA